AGAAAUCCCGGUUUUACAACGGAAAAGAUCGAUGCUGCUCGAUGUCGCGGGGUGAGCAAUCAUCAAGGUUGAAUGUUUCAUUAUAGUUCAACACUAUUAAAUCCAGCACCGGCCAAGCGUCUGUGUCCGCGAGGCGUCCCCGUGCCUGAGUGAGUUGUCUGCGAUGAAAUUGCCACGGUGCGUGAAAGGUUGUAUUGCUUCGGUCAAAAUACAGUGACGCGGCAAGUCACUCGAUGCUCUCAUACUUCCUAUACUUUACUAGGUAUCCUCUGCUAAUCAUCGUCUCAUAGCUUCAGUAGCUUCAUAGUGCCGCGUGUACAUUCUUCACAUGGGGACACAGUUGGCCGCUUUCCGCCAAGAAGUAUGGACGUCCGAAGCGGUCAUGGAACCCGCUAUGAUUAUCCACCAACCAUCAUAACGCUGUCCUUCUUAAUACGCAAAGUAUAGCCUGAACAUUGUCUCACCGCAUGUGCUCGUGAUUAUCUAGAUGGGCGAACCUCCACGGUUCCUGAACCAAUGUUUAGCGUAUAUGGUUCCCACCAUGAUUCUACAGAAGACCCCGUUACGUCUCGUCGACUGCCUAAAUCCUGAACUUGUCGAUGUUCGGUGGAUGGUCAGCACAUAUUGUAGUAUCCUCACCUUUCGGCCACCGAGCAAUGAGAGCAAGAAAGUCUUCGGUCAGCCGUUCAUGUGCCCUAUUACGUGCCUCUUGCGACCCCGACUCGAGUAGCGUCUGGUACUUUGGGCUAGCCAGUACUGCGCAUCCUCAUUUCGCAAAAGCUCGGUGUUUAUCUCGAUUUGAAAGGCCGCACUUCUCUAGGAAGUUUAUCUCUUCUUCACUGGAGCUGAUAGCUUCGUCUGCAUUGUUCUAGAAGUUAGAA